AAGAAAAACAAAUAUAUUUCGAAAGUUUGAUAGUAAUCUUAACAAAAUGCAAUACCUUCCGCGACUUAUAAAGGGAUAAGUAUAUUUAACUUAUUUCUAAUGCUAAUGAAAUUGAUACCCCUUUUCCUUGAUCAGCACCGAUGAAAAGACGUUCACUCGCCUGCUAAUUUUAUGCCUUUCUUCCGUAUUAGUUCAAUGCAACUCGGAUUUAUGUCAAGCCGCUUCGUAGCAAACCAUACUCCUACGCUGCAGCUUUGGAAAAUGAUUGCUCAUACUCAGGACUCCAAUACUAUCGCGUUAUUACAUGGCCAGGAAAAAGCUUAUGAUCGCGUUCAUCCUAAAUACUUAGCGCAAGUGUUGCGUGCCUAUGGUACAACUUGUCAUGCAUCUUUUUUUCUCUACUGAAGUAGCCCUCAAUCUCAAUAACCAUAUUAUUUCAGCCACCAUCCGUCAACAACGCAGCCUUCGUCAAGGAAACUCCUUUGGCCCGCUACUCUUCGACAUUGCUUUCGACUCUGCAUUCCCACCAUCAUCAAGCACUAUCAACUUUGACUAUCACUGUCAAAAAAAUUCAAAUACUGCUAAAGACUGCUUUACCUUCUAAGUGAAAAUCCUAGCGUAUGCCGAUGGCACUUUUGCAGUCGUCAGUAAUGAGUCUUUUAUCUACCGACUAUUAUAAUGCUGGAUCGUUUCGUCCUACCCUACUCCUUUGUCCUAUUUAUAUAUUUUUUCCCUUUCAGUCUUUCGCUUCCCUCAAUGCAACAUAUGAAGGGCUUUAAAUAGAACAGGAAGUAUACCCAAAAACCUGACUGGUGUGCAACACUAAUUCUGAUUGGUUGCGACAUUGCUUCUUGGAACCACUGUAUCUUCUGCCCUCAACAUGAGAAAAGCGGAUGAAAUGAAGGCAGAGCGAUGGUCGUUGGUUCGAAUUAAAGAUAAUUAUACACUUUUUAAGAAAGAAAGGCAUUGUAAU